AUGUCAAGUCAGGCUUCACCUGCUCAGACACCCCCACCGACUACGACUGUUAGGAUCAAGGAGCAUCAUGCUUACUUCAGCGAAGAUGAAGUCUCCAAGCUAGCCGAAAAGACACGUGGGAAUUUGAGCGAGGCUCGGGGAGAACGACUAAGGCAGCAAUCUUGCACCUUUAUCGAUGCUGUCGGUGUCAGGUCGGGGUUGUUUCACCUAUUCUUCCCUAUAAAAGAUUUUGAUUUCUUUGAUGUCACCAUGGCAUGUCUCUACGUCUCUACCAAACUUCACGACACCCUCAAAAAGCCUCGAGACAUACUUAUGGCCGCAUACUACAUCCGGCUUCCCGAACUAGCAGCUAAAUCCAAAACGGGCACUGACGUAGAUAUUGAUCAAGCCGCUCUAGAAGCUGACCGUCACCGAUUAAUCUCUAUCGAGCGACUGAUUUUGGAGACCAUCUGCUUCAACUUUCGUGUAAGGCUUCCAUUCUCGUAUGUUAUCAAAAUGUGCCGCGAGUUUCACGCCUCCAAGGAUUUGGCAAAGCUUGCAUGGCGGUUAAGCAUCGACAGCAAUCGAACGUUGGUUCCCCUUCAGUUUCCCCCACAUACAAUCGCUCUUGGAUGCAUCUAUCUCGCUGCUUUGCUCAUGUCCGCGGAUCCAAAUGGGCCAGCUACCUCUCCCACUCAGGACUCGCGUGAAAACUCCUUCAGAGGAGACGAUCCUUCAAUGAUAGUUGCCAAAUUAGCACACCCUGGAGAAUGGGAAACUAAAUUCUAUUCUCGCGUGGAACAGCUUGAAGAUAUUGCUCAUGCACUUCUCGAUCUCCUUUUAUCAAACCCAUCUUCUACAUCACUUCACGCAAACACUUCACCAACGACCCCAUCCUCUCCUUCACCUUCUCAACAACAGUCACAAUCCACCCCCGCUACGUCUACAGUCCCCGCAAACUACUCUACGGCGCAACUUACCCGCCUAAAGAUCCAGCUCCGGGAGCAAGAACAACAGGAACAACGGGACCGGAGGCCGGUGCGCUCAGAGUUCGAUCAGCGAUGGAUGCCGAUGCGGUUAUGA